AUGUCGGACCCCAAGACCGCCGAUGGCUUCGACAACAGGCCUAGCGCAGACCACCAUGAAAAGCCCACAGGUACGGAGCGCCGGCGCUCAUCCAUCGCGGAUCUCAACCGAAACAAGAACUUGGAUGCAAAGAUCUCAAAUCCACUUUCUGAUAUCCCUCAAGAAGAGUUGUUGGCGGAUGUGGAAGAUUUCGCCAACCGUGGCGGCCUGGCUUCCGAAGUCGAGCUGAUCAAGAAGGGCGCCCUGGUCGCCCAGAACCCCGGCCAAUUUGAGAACCUCGCGUUUCUGACCGACGAGGAGAAGGAUGCUCUUCGUAUGGAAGUUUCGCACAAAUGGAAACACCCGUGGAAGCUCUACAUGACCGUUAUCGUCUGUUCUAUCGGUGCCGCCGUCCAAGGCUGGGAUCAAACCGGGACCAACGGUGCCAAUCUGUCGUUCCCGGAAGCCUUCGGCCUCAAUACACCAGAGGGAGAGCCCGGCUACGAGAGAGAUUUCUGGAUCAUCGGUCUCGUCAACUCGGCUCCCUACAUCGGCAGUGCCUUCCUGGGCUGCUGGCUGUCGGACCCUUGCAACUACUACCUAGGUCGUCGAGGUACCAUCUUCACCUCUGCCAUCUUUCUGAUCGCCACGCCAAUUGGUGGCGCCUUUAGCAAGACCUGGGAAGAGUUGCUUGCCACCCGUGUUCUCAUGGGCAUCGGUAUGGGUUUGAAGGGCGCCACUACGCCCGUCUUCGCUGCUGAGAACUCUCCCGCCGCAAUUCGAGGCGCCCUUGUGAUGACGUGGCAAUUCUGGACGGCUUUUGGGAUUUUCCUGGGCACCGCAUUCAACUUGGCUGUCUGGAACGCUGGCGACAUUGGCUGGCGACUUCAGCUCGGCUCAGCCUUCAUUCCUGCUAUUCCCCUCGCUGGGAUGAUCUUUUUCUGCCCAGAGAGUCCAAGAUGGUAUAUCAAGCACGGCAAACCGGCCAAAGCAUACCAAUCUCUCCUCAAGCUCAGAAACCACCCUCUCCUUGCCGCCAGAGACUUGUACUACAUCAGCACCCAGAUCCAGAUCGAGCACGACAUUGUCGGGGAUUCUACCUACGUAUCACGGUUCAUGCAGCUGUUCACCAUGCCUCGUGUCCGUCGCGCCACCCUGGCUUCCUUCACGGUCAUGAUCGCACAACAGAUGUGCGGCAUCAAUAUCAUGGCGUUCUACUCCUCGACAAUCUUUCGCGAGGGCGGUGCGUCCGACUUUGAGGCGCUGUUGGGCUCGUUCGGCUUCGGCGCCGUUAACUUCAUCUUCGCCAUUCCGGCCUUCCUCACCAUCGACACCUUCGGCCGACGUGCCUUGCUUUUGUUUACGUUCCCGAACAUGGCUUGGACGCUCCUCGCCGCCGGAUUUGCCUUCUAUAUCCCGCGAUCGAGCAGUGCUCACUUGGGUGUCAUCGCCCUGUUUGUGUACCUCUUCGCCGCAUUCUACUCACCCGGCGAAGGCCCCGUGCCGUUCACCUACUCCGCCGAGGUCUUCCCGCUGUCUCAUCGCGAGGUUGGCAUGGGCUGGGCCGUGGCGACGUGUCUGUUCUGGGCCGCCGUGCUGGGCCUGACCUUCCCCAAGAUCCUCGAAGCGUUCACCCCCACCGGCGCCUUUGGCUUCUUUGCGGGCUUGAACAUCGUCGCCCUGGUCAUGAUCUUCUUCUGGGUUCCCGAGACCAAGCAACGCACGCUCGAAGAACUCGACUACAUCUUCGCCGUGCCCACCCGCCGCUUCAUGUCCUACCAGGUCGGCACCUGGCUACCGUGGUGGUUCAAGCGCUACGUGCUGUUCCAGAAGUCUGCCGAGCUGAAGCCGCUGUACACCUUCGACCGUGGUAUCGUCGCCGACAUCCGUGAGCAGCAGCGCGAGGUGCGCGAGCACGAGGAGGCCGAGAGGGCCGCCAGCAUCUCGCGCGACGUCAUCAAGACGGCGUGA